AUGUCUCUGACCGUUGCUACAUUCCCUACGGGCCCCCUGCAAGCAAACUGCUAUGUUGCGUUUGAUCCGAAAAGCUGCAACGCACUGAUUGUCGAUCCUGGUGCGAGCUGUCCCGAUGUUUUAGACUAUGUGAAGAAGCAAAAACUCAAGGUCCUCUUCAUCCUCCUUACUCACACGCACUUCGAUCACGUCUUUGGGACUGGUUAUGUGGUGAAUGAGUUGAAAAAGGAGGGUGACAGAUUUGGCUCCCCUAAGAUAUAUUCCCACGCAGAUGAUGUUACCCAUUGGAAGGCAAACAGAAUGUUUGCUCCUCUCUUUGGGGAGUCCGUUCCAGCUGACUUUCCAGCUGAACCGGAUGAAACAUUCAGUGAGGAGUCGACCUUUGAUCUAGGCAACGAUAACAUCUUCAGGAUUAUGCACACCCCAGGCCAUACGCCGGGCUCCUCUCUGUUGUACUGUAAUAAGGCCAAGGUCGUUUUCACGGGUGAUACCAUAUUUGCUAACUCCGUCGGACGAACAGAUUUCCCCGGUGGAUCUUCAAAGCAAUUAAAAGCAUCUGUGAAACGAAUUUACAAAGAACUGUCUGACGAUUUCAGAAUCUACCCUGGGCACAAUCAUGAUGUUACGUUGGGCGAGUCGAAGAAUGAUGUUCUAGAGGCGCUUUCCUGGACAUGA